GGAGGGGCAGGGGGGAGGGGCCGAGGGGAGGGGCCGAGGGGGGGGCGAUGGGCGAGGGUCGACUUUGUGCACCUACCGCUACGGGCCGCGGGCCUCGUCGCGGCUCUCCAUCGACGCGUCGCUCACGCGGCUCUUCGAGUGCAUGAGCCUCGCCUACAGCGGCAAGCUCGUGUCUCCCAAGUGGAAGACGUUCAAGGGGCUGCGUCUGCUGUGGAAGGACAAAAUCCGCCUCAACAACGCGAUCUGGCGGGCCUGGCACCUGCAGUACGUGACGCGGCAGAGGAACCCGGUGUGCAACUUCGUGACGCCGCUGGAGGUCGGAGAGGAGACUCAGAAGAGCGGCGACGCCGAGGCUGUGCUGCUUGAAGGCAAGUUCUGGAAGAAUCGGUUCCAGAUCGUGAUUAAGGAGUACCACAGAUGGAGGACUUACUUCAAGAAGAGGGUUCAGAUGCACAAGGAUGAUGAUUUAUCAUCGCUUGCUGCCCGGGAGGAGGCGAUAUCGGAGCGAGUGGCUCGUCUGGCCGAGGGCCCAGACCUCCAGGCUCCUCUGCCCGGCUACGGAGGAGUGGGCGGUGGUGGCGGCGGUGGCGGUGGUGGCGGUGGUGGCGGCGGUGGUGGUGGUGGCGGUGGUGGCGGUGGUGGCGGUGGUGGUGGUGGUUGUGGUGGUGGAGACCCGUCGCUGCUGUUUGAUGUCGAUGCUCUGAUGUCGGACUUCUCGGACACUCUGUUCUCAAGCCUCGCUCAGCACCCCUGGGGACAAGUGGGCGCGUACGUAGGCAAUGCCGACAUGAUUCAGCCCGGCCUGGAUCAGCUGCAGCCCAACCUGGAAGACGUCUUCAUGGACACCCUGGAGCCCCUGGAUUUCUUUGGCAGAUUCCUACACACAUCUGCAGCCGGCUUUUAUGGACAGUCCUGUCUGCCGACGGAUCUGCUCACCGACUCAAGCCCCAUGAGCGUCGAUUCCUCCACGGAGCAGGCGCUGGCGCUCCCAGCUCUGUGCGAACCAUUCUCGCAAGACCACCACGACGACGAGCUAGAGCAGCAGCAGCUGCAGCUUCACCAGCAUCACCAGCAUCACCCAGCAGCAGCAGCAGCUGCAGCAGGAGCAGCAGCAGCAGCAGUCCACGUCGCUUUGCGCCAUCCGGAGUAACGCGGCGGGCGGGGCGACAAUGCUUCCGCGCGUCCGCACGGCGCCGGCUGCCCUGGCCGCUCACGAGCCGGGCAGCCACCUCCAGCUGCAGCAGCAGCAGCAGCAGCAGCUGCAGCAGCUGCUGCUGCAGCAACAGCAGCUGCUAGAACAACAGCAGCAGCAGCAGCAGCUGGUGUCGGUGGCUGCGUUAGAAUCCGGGCAGCAACAGCAGCAGUUUCAGCAGCAGCUACAGCAGCAGCUGCAGCAGCAGCUACACCAGCCAGAGCAGCAGCAGCUACAUCAGCAGCUACAGCAGCCACAGCAGCAGCAGCUGGUGUUGGCUGGCCACUUGGCUAGCGGGCAUGUGAGUCAGAUUGCUAGCGGGCAUGUGAGUCAGAUUGCUAGCGGGCAUGUGAGUCAGAUUGCUAGCGGGCAUGUGAGUCAGAUUGCUAGCGGGCAUGUGAGUCAGAUUGCUAGUGGGCAUGUGAGUCAGAUUGCUAGCGGGCAUGUGAGUCAGAUUGCUAGCGGGCAUAUCAGUCAGAUUGCUAGUGGGCACGUGGGUCAGAUUGAUAGCGUGAACAUGAGUCAGAUUGCUAGCGGGCAUGUGAGUCAGAUUGCUAGCGGGCAUGUGAGUCAGAUUGCUAGCGGGAACGUGAGUCAGAUUGCUAGUGGGCACGUGAGUCAGAUUGAUAGCGUGAACAUGAAUCAGAUGGCAAGUGGACAUGUGAGUCAGAUUGCUAGUGGGCAUGUGAGUCAGAUGCCUAGUGGUCACGUAAGUCAGAUGGCAAGUGGUCACGUGGGUCAGACAGCCAGUGGUCAUGUGGGUCAGACAGCUAUAGGACACGUGGGUCAGAUGGCCAGUGGUCACGUGAGUCAGAUGGCCAGUGGUCACGUGAGUCAGAUGGCCAGUGGUCACGUGAGUCAGAUGGCCAGUGGUCAAGUGGGUCAGAUGGCUAGUGGGCACGUGGGCCAGAUUGCUAGCGGGAACAUGAGUCAGAUGGCAAGUGGUCACGUGGCUCAGACGGCCAGUGGUCACGUGGGUCAGAUGCCCAGUGGUCACGUGAGUCAGAUGGCUAGUGGACACGUGGGUCAGAUGGCCAGUAGUCACAUGGGUCAGAUUGCUAGUAGUCACGUGACUCAGAUGGCUAGUGGUCACGUGAGUCAGACAGCCAGUGGUCACGUGGGUCAGAUGCCUAGUGGUCACGUGGGUCAGAUUGCUAGCGGGAACAUGAGUCAGAUGGCCAGUGGUCACAUGAGUCAGAUGCCUAGUGGGCGUGUGAGUCAGACGGCCAGUGGUCACGUGAGUCAGAUGCCUAGUGGUCACGUGGCUCAGACAGCCAGUGGUCACCUGAGUCAGAUGGCUAGUGGUCACGUGAGUCAGACAGCCAGUGGUCACGUGGGUCAGAUGCCCAGUGGUCACGUGGGUCAGAUGGCUAGUGGUCAAGUGAGUCAGAUGGCUAGUGGUCACGUGGGUCAGACAGCCAGUGGUCACGUGGGUCAGACAGCCAGUGGUCACGUGAGUCAGAUGCCCAGUGGUCAAGUGGGUCAGAUUGCUAGUGGUCAAGUGAGUCAGAUGGCAAGUGGUCACGUGAGUCAGACAACCAGUGGUCACGUGGGUCAGAUGCCCAGUGGUCACGUGGGUCAGACAACCAGUGGUCACGUGGGUCAGACAGCCUGUGGUCACGUGGGUCAGACAGCCAGUGGUCACGUGAGUCAGAUGCCCAGUGGUCAAGUGGGUCAGAUUGCUAGCGGACACGUAAGUCAGAUGCCCAGUGGUCACGUGGGUCAGACAGCCUGUGGUCACGUGGGUCAGAUGCCCAGUGGUCACGUGGGUCAGACAACCAGUGGUCACGUGGGUCAGACAGCCUGUGGUCACGUGGGUCAGAUUGCAAGUGGUCACGUGAGUCAGACAACCAGUGGUCACGUGAGUCAGACAACCAGUGGUCACGUGAGUCAGACAACCAGUGGUCACGUGGGUCAGACAGCCAGUGGUCACGUGUGUCAGACAGCCAGUGGUCACGUGAGUCAGAUGAUCAGUGGUCAAGUGGGUCAGAUUGCUAGCGGACACGUGAGUCAGACAGCCAGUGGUCACGUGGGUCAGAUUGCAAGUGGUCACGUGAGUCAGAUGCCCAGUGGUCAAGUGGGUCAGAUUGCUAGCGGACACGUAAGUCAGAUGCCCAGUGGUCACGUGGGUCAGACAGCCAGUGGUCACGUGGGUCAGACAGCCUGUGGUCACGUGGGUCAGACAACCAGUGGUCACGUGGGUCAGACAGCCUGUGGUCACGUGACUCGGACAAGCGGCGGUGCCACAGUCCUGGCAGUGACGUCACCACCACCGCCGCCCGCUCCCGUCACGAUGCAGCAACCCAAGGUGCUGGUGACCUUGGCUAGUGCCGGCAGUGUGCGGGGCCGCGGUGGUGGUGGUGGCGGUGGUGGCGGUGGUGGCGGUGGUGGCGGUGGUGGCGGUGGUACCACCACCACGCCCGUGCCCAUAGCGCCGGCGUCGGCCAUGCCGGGACGGACGACGUUCUACGCGCAGUUCAUAAC